AUGGGUCUUACAGUGAUCAGUGUCGCAGAUCCACGAAGGAUGAAUGUGAACGGGUCUUCUGAUCUCGCGGAGUUCCCGUGGUCCGAUGCGGAGAAGUGGCUGCUGGUGUCGAUUCUGAGUCUGGAGAUGGUGAUGGGAGUUUCAGGGAACUGUCUUGUCCUCUUGGUCAAAGCUAAGUGCAGAGGGAACUUCAAAAAUCGCUGCUGGGUUCCCCUCAUGAAUCUCACAUUCUCAGAUCUAGGUUGUUCUGCGCUGAUAAUCUCUGGGUCUCUCUUGGCCAUGCUCACAGGGGGUCAAAAUUCAUCAUGGUGCGAAGCUGUCAGUUUGCUCAAGUUUGCUUUUAUCACAUCCUCAAUUGGCAACAUCAGUGUCCUCUCUGUGCAGCGCCUGAUCACGUCUUCAGGAAAAGUGACAGUGUUUCUUGUAUUCAUUGCAUGUUUGAGCUCAUGGGUAACUGGAGCUGUGUUUGGGGCUGUGCCAGUCAUCUUCUCCUGGAUCAAAUAUGACCCCGAAGAGAUGCUGUGUGCUGUGUUCUGGGAGAGCAGUUACUCUGAUAUGUUGGUCUACAUCCUCUGUGCCUUUUCCAUCUGUGUCUUCUUCCCAUUUGUCCUCAUGGUCCUCUGCUCCAUCACCAGUGCAGCCAGGUGUAACAGAAAUGAAGUGGACUUGUGUGAUAUCACUCCUAUGUUGGUGGUGGCCUACACUCUCUGCUACACACCAUUCGUUUUGUCUGAGGUAAUUCUUCUGGGCAGGCUGGACCUUUCUCCGUCUCCUGCUUGGCUGCGCACAGUGUCCUCAGUCAUGUCAUAUCUGAACUGCAGUUUGAAUCCACUUAUUUACUUCUGUCAUCAGGACUUCAGAGAGGCAGGACUGGCUCUGCUCUGGACCAAAAAACACAUACUCAUUGAACCUGUGCUCACUGCAAUACAGAAACUGGACCUGUAA